ACCUCCCCCGUCUCCAGCUAACCUAACAGUCUCCACCUUCCUCCAAGCUCCACCCCAUCCCUCCCCCCUCCCAGCUCCCACACGCUAAUAUCCUACGGCCGCCACCAUGGAUUUGGUGUUUGCAGGGCAGUCGGCGACAGAUGAAGUCAUCGCUAACCUGAUCGACAAGGCCUCAUCCUACCUGGGAAGCAACCCCGACAGAUUGCAGGAGUCGAUGCGCAUGCUACGCCUGAAGUUGCCGAAGAUGCGCGAUACCCUCAUACCGGCUCAAUCCAGGGAGUCGUACUCAGGACUUGGGGUUUUGCUGGACGAGUCGUUGUGGCGCCUGAGGGAUGCAGUUGAGGAGCUCGAGGAUGCAGUCGACGAGCAUGCCUACCACGAGAAGAAGACCAAGGAGCGAGAGGUUAGUGAUGGUGAUCUGGGCUCUUCUUUCUCCAAGAUGAAGCAACGAGUUAUCAAGUCUUUGGCAAAUGGUCGCACUCUCGAAAGGAGGUUGAGGAAAGCUAUCGAGGCUUUAGACAUGGUUAUUGUGGAUAUUGCAAAGAGACUACCAUCUGAUGUUAGACUUACACAAGAGCAAUUGGAUCAACAUCGUUUACAACUAUAUCGCAGGACGGUUGACUUUACACAACGAUAUUUCAUGACGGCUGGCUUUAAGGAUAGAGUGUUGGGCCGGGAGAAGGAGACUGAUGUGAUAGUCCGAUGGCUGAUCGAUCCCUUGGAUGAUGAUGAUGCUGAAACUCAGGUUAGUCCAAAUAAUCAUCAUGUCUCAGUUAUGUCCAUAGUUGGCCACGGUGGCGUGGGGAAGACUACAUUGGCACAACUGGUAUAUAAUGAUCCAAGGGUCAGAGAUCAUUUUGAUAUGGUUGCAUGGUUAUGUGUAACUUCAAGCUUUGAUGUAGGAAGAAUUAUGCGUGAAAUAGUACAGUGUGUUACACGUUCGCCAUGUUCAUCCGAUUCUUUGGAAAACAUGCAGCAUAUUCUCCAAGAUAAAAUAAAUUCCACUAAAGCUUUUCUACUCGUUUUGGAUGAUGUCUGGGAAGAAAAUCUACAUGAAUGGGAGAAACUAUUUUCAGUUCUGAGGGGCAUCAACACUAGAAUCAAAAUUUUAUUGACAACCAGAACGCAAUCAGUGGCAACUCUAGUUGAGAGUGUCACAGGAUGUGAAGAUCAGCACCUUAGGUUGCAUGAACUUGAAGAAAAUGGAAAUCUACAGAUCUUCUGCCAACUUGCUUUGGCUGAUCUGAAUGAAAGAUCAGAAGAUUAUGCGGAACUCCAAUCAAUCGGCGCUAAGAUUGUAAAGAAACUUGGAGGGACUCCCGCGGCAAUAAAAAGUGCUGCUUAUCUGUUACGAGUAAGAUCAUUAGAGUCCUGGCGAAGGUUUCUUCACGGUAUGGAUAAUUUUGGAGCAGCAGUACCAAAUAUUAUGGAUGUCUUGAAAAUAAGCUACUACAGGCUCUCGGCAGAGUUGCAGAGUUGCUUUCGCUAUUGCAGCUUAUUUCCAAAAAAUCAUCCAUUCAGAAAGGAGGAGUUGGUGAGGGCUUGGAUUUGGUCAGGAUUGAUAUUUCCUCAAUUCGGGAAAAAGGACGGAGAGUUAUACUUGGCUCAAUUGACUGCAAAUUUGUUCCUUGAUCGCUUUGGUGGAGAAAACGAAGAACCUGCAUACUAUGUUAUGAAUGACACAAUGCAUGAUUUUGCAACAUAUAUCUCACAGGGCGAAUGUAAGAGGUUAACUGAAGCCGCAGACUUGAGAAACGUGAAGAGUUCGGUUCGACACAUUAGUAUUGCAGGUAUUAACAAUUUCACUGUUGUUGAUGUGAAGGAAUUGCUCCGUUUGACGAAGCUGCGCACAGUCAUCAUUGAAGAUUGUGGCAAUGUCGAGGAGGACGUGGUAUACGCAAUGGCAGAGGUCGUGAAGAACUCAAAAUCCUUGCGUCUGUUAGAAUGUUCUCUGUUCAAGAUGUGCCAUUUACCUGACAGACUUUCUAGUCUGAUGCACCUUCGUCACGUCAAGAUCUCAAUGCUUUAAAACACAUAAGGCAGCACUGCCUUAGGGGAUAAACUGGGAUCAUUGAAGAAGUAAGGCUAAAAAAAAGUGAUGCUGUAUGAUAAACCAUAUUAUUUCUGUAUGUUGUCCACAUAAAUGGCUAAAUGUGUUGCCAUCUGCAAUCUGUAAUAGUGGUGUCCAUUUGCUUUUGCAACUACUGUUGUCCCUGGAGGAAACUGUUUUGCUUCUCUGUAUCAUUGUAUCGCUUGUUCGGGAUUUGUAGUCUGUAUCGCUUGAAAUGACUGUGUAAUAUUUCUGUUUGUGUGAUAAUUUGUGUUCAAAAUGAGUCUACCUCUAUAAUGAAAUGCUUUUUUUUAUCUA